AUGGCCACUAAGCCGAGCUCUAACAAUAUGAAUGGCGUUCUGACAAAAGAAUUCCUUGACUACUCCGCUUCUCAGGGAAACAAUCUCCGCUCCAUCGGUCUUGAACCAGGUUGCAAGUGGUGUCUCUGCACCGCACGCUGGCGAGAAGCAAUGCAAGCCGCCAAAGACGAGAAAGACCCAGUCGUACCUAAGGUUUUUCUGCACGCCACGGAUCAGUCGGCGUUGGACAAUGGGAUUACAAUGGCAGAUUUGAAAAAAUUUGCCGCAGAGGGGGAGAACCAAAGCGGUGGUGCAGCGCUAGAGAACAAAACGCCGAUUACCCCAGGGGUUACGGGGGCCUUAGCUAGGGAGACACAUUGA